ACUGCGAACAGCCCCGCAGCAGCUCCAACACUGAGAGACUGAGAGACACACAGCGCCUUCAACCUGCCCGGCUCGCCGCUGUACGCCUGUGGGAGCUCACAGAGCCGACAUUUCUCUUUAUUUAUCUCAGCGGAAGGAUACUGAUAUUAUUAGAGCGUUUUAAAAACUGUGAGGAGAAGCCAGGAGGCUAGUUCUGAAGAGGUCCUAGUUCUGAAGAGCUACCAACUGAAACAUCUACUGGGAGAUGAAUCGCUGCACAGCCGCCUUACUUUUGUUGGUCAUUGCGAUAUAUUCGCUCAACACAGAAGCAUACAAGUGCAGAUGCACAAGGAAAGGCCCAAAGAUACGCUACAAGGAUGUGCAGAAACUUGAGAUUAAGCCUAAACACCCAUUCUGCCAAGAGAAAAUGAUCUUCGUCACCAUGGAGAAUGUGUCUCGUUUCAAAGGUCAGGAAUAUUGUCUGCAUCCCAGACUGCAGAGCACUAAGAACCUGGUCAAGUGGUUCAGAAUCUGGAAGGACAAGCACAGGGUGUAUGAGGCCUAAACUGCCACACUGUGAGGAGAUAGAGGCUGAAAACUCUAUGGAAUGUACAACACCACCAAGUGGAACUGUGGAUCAGAGAAGGACCAGUUUUCAGAGUUACGAGGCAUUUGCUCAACAAUGCUUAACAAGCACAAGAGACCUUUUCUUCAGGAACAAUGUCUAGAAAGACAUCUGUACAAAAUAUCAUUACUCAUAUUUCAAACAUAAUUAUGGUCCAAAACAGUCACUAUGUAUUUUAUUCCAAGUGUUAGACUUGUGAAAAUGACAGCAUACGAAAGUCUGUGUGAAUCAGAUUUAGAUGCAGUUAUUACUGCGUUUUCUGGUGGGUAGUGAUGUUCCUUGACGUAUUUGGUCUGAUUCAUUGUUUUGUGGUAUGUUAAAGGGUUCUGCCACACAUUAUUUCACAACCCAAGAGAUGCUGUUGUAUAGAAGUGUGCUGUCCACAUGGUCCAAACAACAUAGAAAAAAGGAAUGAAAGGGAAUUUCCUCCCCAUUUCCAUGAAUUAAUCUAGACCAUAUAUGUUCUUUUUAUAUCUGAGUAGAGGUACCUUUAAACAUAACUGAAACAUACAGGUAACCUGUGUAAGCAAUUCCCUUGUAAGAGUUUACUAUGUGAUUUGCCAAUAUACAGCUGGUACAGUUGAUUUAAAAGGCUAUUUAUUAUACAUACACUCUGAAACAAGAGCACAUGAAUAUUGAGGCCUACAGUCAGUUUGUUUACCUUAAAACUUUGUAUUAAAUAAUAGCCCAUCCACCACCACACUCUGUGGAGUGAUAUUUUGUUUUUUUUAUUCUGGCAUAUUUGGUAUGACCAGUGUAGAAUGUUUCCACUAAAUGGAAUAUUUUUGUCAUGUAAAUCAUAUGCCUAAGCAUACAAUUAAGUAUCUUGUAUAUACAGAACAUUUUGCCUAGGGGAGUUCAGUUAGAAAUUCAUAGUAAAGCUAUGUAUUGUAUUACAGAUUUGUUGUUUCACUGUUUAAAUAUUCAAUAACAGUAAUAUUUGAGUCUUUCUUUUUGGGAUUACCCAAGAUACACUGCUUCAGUUGCAUUCCAAGGAGUGUAAUCUACAAGCACAGCAAUAAAAUUAUUUAAAUUAC